AUGAAACAACGUGGCUUGACCCAGACUGAAUUUGACGAUUACGGCACAGUCAGCAUCGCUGGCAUCCAGAGCCGACGACUUGACAUGCUGUAUGGGUCCUACCGCACGGUUUUCAAACUCGAUGGCUCUGAUGGUGGCGCCUGUGCAGGGUUCUUCUGGUAUCAUGACGACCGAUCCGAGGUCGACAUCGAGAUCGUCACGACGGGCACUUCAUUUGUCAACAAUACCAUCAGCUUCACGUCCCACCCAUCGCUAGCAGCAGAUGGACAGCCCAUCCCGAAUGCAACCGUGCUUAAGUCUUUGAGCGAUUGCAGAUUUCAGCCCCAUGUUUUCCGAGAAUAUCGGUUUGAUAUUCACCCGGACCUUGGCGUGCAAUAUUUUGUCGACGGCACACUUGUUCAUGUCAACAGACGCAAUGUUCCAGGGGAUGGCAGGGGUGGCAACCUGCAGUUUAAGCUAUGGGCAGACGGUAAUAGUUGGUGGAGUGGACGCCCAAGUACGACAGACGUGUUCCUGACCGUCAAGAGUAUUGUCGCCUAUUUCAAUACCUCGAGCCCUGAUCCUGAAUGGUUGGACGCCUGCGAAGCUGCGGGUGGCCCGAGCCAGGAGACCGUCUGUCUUGCCAAAUGA